CCAUUUACCAAAUAAGGCAAAAGGACUAAAGUCUUGAAGCAAAAAAGAUGGAGCCAAAUUUGGAAAAUCCAAUGAUACUGAGUCACAACUCACGAACCAAAGCCAUGGCAGCAUGCAAUGCAAUGUAACUGAUGCCAUUUUUGAAGGGCUCACCAAUCAUACACUUCUCAGAUUUUCCUACUUUUCAGGCCCUUUACAUUUAUGCCCAUUAUUCUUUUUCUCCCACAAUUUUUUGAGGUUAAUAUAAGUGUUUCAUCAGUUCAAAGAAUUGAGAUAUAAAAUCAUCAUUGAAAUUGAUUGGUAAUGCAGUGUUAUGAAAUGAAAACGGAUUGAAAAAGUUUGGAGGGAGUGAAACCCCUGAUUCUCUAGGGGGAAAAAGAAGGAAAUAAAACAGAUUAAAAGAUAUGAGAGAAGGAAUUUUAGGGUGAAAUGUUGGAGGGAAGGUGAUGAUGGAGCAAGAAUUAGAUUCAAAGCUUAGGAUAGAGAAGAGUUCACCAAAUCCUCAGAGAUCUAAGAGCUUUGCAUUCAGAGCACCUCAGGAGAAUUUCACUAUUCAAGAUUUUGAAUUGGGAAAGAUCUAUGGAGUUGGUUCUUAUUCCAAGGUCGUCAGAGCUAAAAAGAAAGACACGGGGAAUGUUUAUGCCUUGAAGAUAAUGGACAAAAAGUUCAUCACUAAAGAAAAUAAGACUGCUUAUGUGAAACUAGAGAGAAUUGUACUUGAUCAGCUAGAUCAUCCUGGUAUUGUGAGACUAUUUUUCACCUUCCAAGACACUUUUUCACUAUACAUGGCGCUGGAGUCCUGUGAAGGUGGUGAGCUUUUUGAUCAAAUUACCAGGAAAGGUCGUUUGUGUGAGGAUGAGGCACGUUUUUAUGCAGCUGAAGUUGCAGAUGCUCUUGAAUAUAUACAUAGUAUGGGAUUGAUUCAUCGAGAUAUUAAGCCAGAGAACCUGCUACUUACCGCAGAUGGACAUAUUAAAAUCGCCGACUUUGGCAGUGUAAAGCCCAUGCAGGAUAGCAGAAUAACAGUGCUUCCAAAUGCAGCAUCAGAUGACAAGGCAUGUACUUUUGUGGGGACAGCUGCAUAUGUCCCACCUGAAGUGUUAAAUUCUUCUCCUGCAACUUUUGGAAAUGAUCUCUGGGCACUUGGCUGCACCUUGUAUCAAAUGCUUUCAGGAACUUCUCCAUUUAAAGAUGCCAGUGAAUGGCUCAUUUUUCAAAGAAUUAUUGCCAGAGAUAUCAGGUUUCCGAAUUAUUUUUCAAAUGAAGCCAGAGAUCUCAUUGAUCAGUUGCUCGAUAUUGAUCCUAGCCGAAGACCAGGUGCGGGACCUGAUGGUUACGCAGCACUGAAAAACCAUCCUUUCUUUAGCGGGCUUGAUUGGGAUAAUUUAAGGUUACAAACUCCUCCACGGCUUGCUGCAGAGCCAAAAGCGCACUCUACUCGUAGCAGUGGUGAAGAUCAAGAUUCUUCAUGGAAUCCCUCACAUAUUGGGGAUGGUUCAGUUAGAACCAAUGAUGGAAAUAGUGGCACAACAUCCUCUUCUGAAGCUGGUAGCAUUACUAGGCUUGCUUCAAUUGACUCUUUUGAUUCAAAAUGGAAGCAGUUUUUGGAGCCUGGUGAAUCCGUUCUUAUGAUCUCCAAUGUGAAAAAGAUACAGAAGCUUACAAGCAAGAAAGUUCAGCUUAUCCUGACAAAUAAGCCAAAGUUGAUCUACGUAGACCCCUCAAAGUUAGUGGUCAAAGGGAACAUUAUAUGGUCCGACAAUUCUAACGAUCUUAGUAUUCAAGUCAUAAGCCCCUCACAGUUCAAGGUUUGCACACCGAAGAAAGUUAUGUCAUUUGAGGAUGCCAAGCAACGAGCAACGCAGUGGAAAAAGGCAAUUGAAGCUCUCCAAAACCGGUGAUAUUUAUUUAUCUGAAUUUCGACCUUACAUUCUUUGGAAAAGAAAUGAAAUUGUAGAGGCCAUAGGGGAUCCAAAGUGCGGAUUCUCCCACGGAAUACUCAUUAAUACAACUGAAUUUACGGGUCUAGAGUCUAGUAUAUAAAUUUCACCACAGUUUUUCUUUUGUUUUUUCUGCUUUCUUUUGGAUGAAGAACAUCCACAUUUGUAAGGCACAAUCUUGUAAAUGCAGAAACUGAAAGAAGAUGGUGAGUUCUCAGU